AUGCAAGUGCCCAUCGACCCCCAACACUACGACCCCAUCAUGGAUCUGAAAGAAACCUUGCGGACUAUCGUUGACCAUUACCUUACACCGCCUCUCCGAGCUCUCCUUGGGACUCCUCCAAAUGAGCUUCUUCCCUCCGGGCCAAGAGACCGCCCAGACUGGCUCCGUCUGCUCGAGCGCGCCCAUCUCCGUGCUGAUGGACCCGCCUUCCUCGCGGCCAUCACUGCCAUCAACAAAUUACUCCUGGACUUGAAGUACCCCGCUCUCCCCCCUGAUAUUUUUCAAGACGCUCCCCCAAACAGUAUCAAAGAAUCGGUCUCAGCAUGGACGCCCACAGGGCUCCCUUCCGCCGUCGCGAGGCGCAUCGUCGAGGAAACCUACCAACGCGUCGUCGGGCCUCGAAUCGCAGAACUUCGCAAGUACGAGUCGUUCUCGAGCACGGUGUACGGCGAGCUUCUGCCUAAUUUCGUCGAAGACAAUAUCAUACGCCUCGGCGGACUCGGUCCUGGGAAGCUGUUGGUGGAUUUGGGAUCCGGCGUGGGCAAUGUCCCGAUCCAGGCGGCGCUACAGACGGGAUGCAAGUCGUUUGGGAUCGAGGUCAUGGAGGCCCCGGCAGAUAUUGCGAACGAGCAGCUGGAUCAGGUCAAGAUUAGGGCGAGGAUGUGGGGUGUCGCGAUGGGUGAAGUUGAGUUGGUGAGGGGAGAUAUGUUGGAGGAUCGGAGGGUGUCGGAGUUGAUGAGCAAGGCAGAUGUGGUACUCGUGAACAAUAAAGUGUUCACACAGAGUUUGAACGAAGCCAUUCGUCCGAAGUUUUUGGACCUCAAGGAAGGCGCCCUGGUCAUCUCCCUCGAACCGUUCGUCCCUACCCUCAAUGCGCGCAUGACGGACCGUAAUAUCGGCGACUUGUCAACCAUCUUCGACGUCUCGCGACAUGAGUACACGCCCAACAGCGUUUCGUGGACAGACAACGGUGGUAUCUUCUACGUGCACCGCGUCGACAGGGAGGGCUACGCUAGGAUCGUGGAGAAGUAUGAGGCAAGGCAGAGCGGGAGGAGUACCAGGAGUCGACGAUGA